UCCCUCUCUCCAGACUGUGGAGACCUUUGCGCGUGAACGAGGCGCAUUUUGGAUUUCGUUGGUUUGGAGUCUCCAAAGUUUCAGCGCAAGAAAAACUUCAAGCCGAGAAAAGUUCCCUCCGAGUCCGCGGAGGGAGAAUGAUCCUGCAGGGGGGCCAGCUGCCGCUCCACUGAACACAUGGAGUCCAGUACGUGCGGCGGAGGAGGAGGAAGGCGGAGCCUGCGUCAUGUCGUCCCAGCCGUCCUGCUGUGGAUGACUCUGCACAGGCACGUGCUGGGCUGCAGCUCCACGAACUGUAACAUGGUGCUGACGGAGGCCCAGGGGGAAUUCACGUCGCCCUGCUACCCCCAGAAAUAUCCCAAUUCGCAGGCCUGUAAGUGGACCAUGCAGGCCCCCACCGGCUUCAUCAUCCAGCUCUCCUUCCUUGACUUUGACCUGGAGGAGGCGCCUGGCUGCAUCUACGACCGGGUCGUGGUGAACACGGGAAACACAGACGUUAAGUUCUGCGGUCUGACGGCCAACGGGCUGACGCUGAACUCGACAGGGGACGUGAUGGAGCUGUCCUUUGUCUCCGACUUCAGCGUGCAGAAGAGGGGGUUCAGUGUUAGCUUCCGGCACGUUGCCGUGGCCCUGAGGAACCAGAAGGUCAACAUACCCAACGGCAAUGGCCAGAUCACCAAGGUUGCCAACUCCGUUACCAUACCGACGCUCAGUCACCUGACCGUAUGCUUCGAGCUGGAACGCCUCAGCUUGAAACAGACUGAGUGGAUCUUCACCUACUAUGACAGGAGCAACAACAUGGCGCUGAGUUUGGGCUCGGAUCAGAGCGGCAUGAAGAUGAUUGUUGACGGAGUGAUCUGCCCGAUCGAUUCGAUCAUCACCUCCGCUGACUUCACUUCCUCCAUGAAGCCUUUCUGUGUGCUCUGGACUUCAUCAAAUGGCCGGGUGGCAGUCUAUGUCAAUGAACAGUACUGGGCCAAGACCUGCGCCACCUCUAGUGGGCACUCUGUACCAGGUGGUGGACUGUUCCGGUUAGGAGGGCAGCAGAGCUUCCACGGGAACAUGUAUAACCUCCGGCUGUGGGAUUACGCCAUGACGGAGCAGCAGCUCAAAGCGUUAAACUGUGACACGGUGGGCAACGUCGUCGACUGGGACAACAGCCACUGGACCAUCCCGUCCACUCUGGCUCAGACCGACGCCACGCUCAGCUGCAUCUGCUACCCUCAUUGCAUUCACUUAACUACUGCUGCGCCAACUAGUGGUGUCUCCCCUUCUAGCAACACACCACUCACUACCAGCUGUGACUCCCUCGGACUGGGCUGCCCAGCCACUUCCUCUGCCGCCACUUCAUCCACUGACUCCACUAACACCAUCCAUGCUACUAAUGCCGACACCUACGUUCUCCCUCCCAUCACUCCAUCUUCAUCCACCAUCCCUACCACUAGCAUGCCACUAACAUCAACCAUCAGUACCACCACCACCAGCACAACCAGCUCCUCCUCUGCCCAACAGACAACCAGCAGCACGCCAACGCUUUCAUCUGCUACCACUAACCAACCAGCUACUAACCCCACAACGCAUGGAACGACUCCUCCACUGCUGUUAGUAACCACUAACCAACCAACCACUAACAUAGCUGUUACUACUGCUUCCUCUUGGGGAACGACUCCUCCACUGCUGUUAGUAACCACUAACCAACCAACCACUUACAUAGCUGUUACUACUGCUUCCUCUUGGGAGGACUUGUUCUACCGGAUUUCUUUUGUGGUGGAUGAUGAGAGCGCGGCGCUGCCCCAGGCUGAAGUUGAGCGUGCUGUGGCUCUCUGGCUCAAUCAGACAUUUCAGAGCUGGACCCAUGCAGUCAACGUCGACUUCAUCAGUGUCCAGCCUGGUUUACAGAGCGGAGGUAACCCGGGGAGCUACACGUGCCAGGCCCUGCUGGUUUAUCAUUACAUCACCAAUGAGAGUCUGGGUGAAGCUGCUGUGUCUGCAAGGCUGUCCAGCAGGGAGGUACUCAUGGGUGCCGGCCUGCAGAUCCAGCCCGCCUCCACUGAUGUCAGGUUAAUUGAAAACUGUCCGGAGGAGAAUCCGCUCCACUACCGCUGGCCUGAGAGCCGACCCACCGUCACUCGGUACCUGCCCUGCUUCCCCAACAAGGACCAGAGCACCUCCAGGACCUGUUCGAUCAGCCCACAGAACUACUCAUCCUACUGGUCACCCGCAGACCUCAGUAACUGCACGGACAUCGACACCAUCCAGGUGUCGGCAGAAAAUGCAGCUGAGGUGGCGGUGCAACUCGCCAACAUCCCCUACAACGAGCUGUCCAACGAAGAGGUGUCCAUAGUGGUGACGAAGGUGAAGCAGCUGGUGAACGUGGCGAAGAUCAACAGCACGUUAGCCUCUAUCGUCGUCACCAUCAUCUCCAACGUCAUGACCAGCUCAGAGACGGUACUGGCUGCCACCUCCGAGAAAGCUCUGAAGACAGUAGAUGAGUUGGUUCAGAAGCUCGAGUUCGAGGGCCCGUCGAUCCACAUCACCUCCAGGCACCUGGCUUUGGGGAUAUCGGCCCUCAACACCACCGUGUUCAACGGGACGUCCUUCAGCGCCUUCAUGGCUCCGAACACCACCGACCCACAGAUUGAUUUUGAAUCAGAGAGGCUUAACCCUUUAGCUCAGGUCACCCUCCCUGCCUCUCUGCUGUCCAACGUCUCCCUGAGCGACGCCGACAGAUCGUCUCUGUCCAGGAUCAACUUCAUGUUCUUCAGCAGCACAAACCUGUUCCAGAAGGAGCAGGACGGUCGCUCUUUAAACAGCUACGUCGUGGCCAGCAGUGUGGGGAACUUCUCCAUCAGUAACCUGAUGGAUCCAGUGGAGAUUGAGAUCGCUCACCUCUCUGACCAGCCCUACCUGACUCCCGUUUGCAUGUUCUGGGACUUCAGCAUGAACAAUGGUGCUGGAGGUUGGAACGGAAAGGGCUGCAGAACGUCCAAAGAAUCCACCCGCAACACAACCAUCUGUUACUGUGACCACCUGACACACUUUGGCAUCCUCAUGGACAUUUCUGGAGCUUCACCCCACAUAGACUCGAAGAACAACAAAAUUCUGACCUUCAUCACCUACAUCGGCUGCGGCAUCUCUGCCAUCUUCUCUGCCGCCACGCUGCUCACCUACAUUGCCUUCGAAAAACUGCGCCGUGACUACCCUUCCAAGAUCCUGAUGAACCUCAGCACGUCUCUGUUGUUCCUGAACAUGGUCUUCCUAUUCGACGGCUGGCUAGCCAGUCUGGAAACUGACUGGCUGUGCCUGUCUGUGGCCGUCUUCCUGCACUACUUCCUGCUGACCUCCUUCACCUGGAUGGGGUUGGAGUCCAUCCACAUGUACAUCGCUCUGGUCAAAGUCUUCAACACCUACAUACGCCGAUACAUCCUCAAGUUCUGCAUCGUUGGAUGGGGUCUCCCUGCAGUGCUGGUGGGGAUUGUUGUUGCGGUGGAUAAAAACUCUUAUGGCCUGCAGGAGUACGGCAAAGGAGAGCCAGGAGAGGGAUCCUCAGAGUUCUGCUGGAUCAAGAAUUCAGUCGUCUUCUACAUCACCUGCGUCGGUUACUUCUGCCUGGUGUUUCUUCUGAACGUGGCCAUGUUCAUCGUGGUGAUGAUGCAGAUCUGCGGCCGCAACGGCAAACGCAGCAACCGCUCGCUGCGAGAGGAGGUUCUACGAAACCUGCGAAGCGUCAUCAGCCUCACCUUCCUGCUGGGUAUGACGUGGGGCUUCGCUCUGUUCGCCUGGGGACCCGUCAACCUGGCCUUCAUGUACCUCUUCUCCAUCUUCAACUCACUGCAAGGUCUGUUCAUAUUUAUCUUCCACUGUGCCUUGAAAGAAAACGUCCAGAAGCAGUGGAGGAGAUACCUAUGCUGUGGCCGAUUCAGGCUGUCCGACAACUCAGACUGGAGUAAGACGGCCACCAACAACACAAAGAAGGUGAGCUCAGACAACCUGGGCAAGUCUCUGUCCUCCAGCUCCUUCGGCUCCAGCACCGGCAACUGGACCUCCAAAGCUAAAGCUACAUUUAUCCCCUUCACCAAACGCCACAGUAACACAGAUAAAUGUUACUCCAACCAGACCAGCCCUAAAUGUGUCUCCUCGUCCCCUUCCUCCUCAGAGGUGGAGCCCAACUCCUCUUCCUCCUCGUCCUCCAUCCUCCCUGUCAGCCAGAUGAUCGACAAGGUGAAAGGUUACUGCUCCACGCGCUCCGAUAACUUCUAUAAGAACAUCAUCAUGUCUGACAGCUUUGCCCACAGCACCAGGUUCUAGAACUUUCCUUAGUGUUCUGGGGCAGACCUGGAUCCUCCCCUUGUGUUUUGGAACUGCCAGAAUUGUCCUAGAAAAUGUUGUGAUCAUCCUCCCCGGCAGCUUCAGUGACAAUGUCCUGGAACUGCCCACGAUGUUAUUUAAGGCUUCGCUUUUGUUCUGGAACUGCAGCCCAACAUUCUAGAACCUUUUGUGUUCUGGAAUUACUUUUAACAUUCUAGAGCUCUCUGACAGCCUCAGCCACAAAGGAGAGUUCUAGAAUUCCAAGGGCCAUUGCCAAAGCCUGUCCAACACUCUUUGUGUUUUGGAACUGCUCCCAACAUUCUAGAACUCUCUGACAGCCUCAACAGUUUAGAAUCCUCUGUUUCUGGAACUGCUCCAAGGAUUCUAGAAUUCUUUCCCAACUUCAACAGCAAAGGAGGGUUCUAGAAUUCCAAGGGCCAUUACCAAAGCCUGUCCAACACUCUUUGUGUUUUGGAACUGCUCCCAACAUUCUAGAACUCUCUGACAGCCUCAACAGUUUAGAAUCCUCUGUUUCUGGAACUGCUCCAAGCAUUCUAGAAUUCUUUCCCAACUUCAGCAGCAAAGGAGGGUUCUAGAAUUCCCAGGGCCAUUACCAAAGCCUGUCCAACAUCCCGUGUUUUGGAACCGCUCCAAGCAUUCUAGAACUCUCUGACAGCAUCAGCCAGAAAGGAGGGUUUUUAGAACUCUGAGGACCAUUACAGAAGCCCCUCCAACAUUCUUGAACCCGCCAGGCUUCUGAAACUUCCUGACCAGAAUUCUAGAACCUUUCUGACCUGUCCCAGCCAUAGACCGUGUUCUAGAACGUUCUCCUGUCAACUAUAAUGCCUGGAUCCUUCCCGCCAUCCUCACUUGCCCCUGGAGGUUUGAAUCUGAAUUCUCGUUGUGCUUUUAAUUUGAAUGUGUUUAAUUUUGUUUCAUCAUGUACAUUGUUGGCAGACAUAGCUGCUGUUGGAGCCCCAUUAACUAUAAUUUUAAUUGAACUGAUUAAAAAAAAAAAUCAAGAUUUGUUUCUUUAUCAUCAGAAUUCAUUAAGGGCUGUUUGGUUUGCGUGACAGAAUACAGACAGCUACAUGAUGUAAACCAGAGCCACCAUCUUAAUGCACUUUGCUUUGUAUGAAAGUGCCUGCUAAUCAAGAAAAAUCUGCCUUUUCAUGCAAAAUCUUCAAAAGCCAGCCCAGAGAAAACCCCAGAGACCAAGUAGAGAUAAUCAUAUCACAUUAUGGCUUUAAAUCUGGGGUCUCCUGGAUAAUUAGGGGUGUCUGAGAGCUACGGGUGGUCAGAGAACGUUGGUGCGAUUCUACUGUAUCAUAUCAAAUUACAGAAUCGGCUCACCUGGCUGCCAGACUGUGGAACUAAGAGGAAAUGAAAGGGAGCAGAGAGCAGAGAGGGGAGGAAAGGAUAAACACGAGGCGGGAAGGUAGAGAAGAGUAAAACAAAUUUCUGGUAGAAAAAAAGUAGGCUGUUUUGUUGUAGUGUUUUUUUAAUACUGUGAUGUGUAAACUGGCCGUUUGUGCAUGUGUGUGUGGAGCCAUAUCCUAUGUAAAUAUUUAUCUAUUCUAUAGUGUUAUAAUGUGUCCGGAUGGUUGCUUUUGUUUAUGUCUUCAAGGGGUCCCGGAAGGGCCACCGGGACUGUACAUACAAACCCAAACAUACUCCAACUGCCCGUGCUGCGUAGGCACAGUCUGCUGCCCUGCCCCCAUCAGUGAGAAACAAGUCAGUAGUAUCGUAGGAUGAAAACAAUACAAUAGCUACAGACCAGCUGAUCAAGGGGAUUUUUGGUGUAACUCUCAAACCAAAUUAGAGAUUAUUUAACAUAUUUAUGUUCUAUUACAAUGUAUAUUAUCAUGCAAAACAAAGCUGGUGGCCCUAACGAUGCAAUGCCCGAGCAUAUUGACACACAUUUUGAAUUUAUAUUUGAAAAAUCUCAACUUUGAAAAUGUCUUGAAGCUUUGAAAUGUCACUUAUCCUAGACAAAUGUUCCUGACAAACCAGUGCUGUUAGAUUUCAAAAAUCACACAAGGCAAUAUUUAAUGGUAAGUAGUAAUAUUUACACUGUAAAGACUGAAGUUCUCUCUACAUGGACAACCAAACCGUGAGUCAUGGUCAGUGGUUUGAGUAUAAAUAAUAAAAACCAAGCUAAUGCCAGUGGCCACUAAAGCUCGGCUCUCUGUGCACGUCAGCCAAAGUUUAUGGCAACAGCAUUACUGUUCAAGUGAGGAAUCUUGUUUGUGAUUAAAUUCUAUUUUUUUAUUCAGCAAUUGGUAAUGACUUUGUUUUUAUGAUAGCAAAAAGAAGUCCUAGCAUGAAGAAAUACACUCACUGUGCUGCUGCCAGGAUGAUAUUAUCAUCUGCUGUAAACGGUCCGUUCACUUAAAUUACAAAAAAGGUUUUCCCAUGCGGUGUCUAGCCAUGCACAUAGUUUGAGAACACCCACCACCACUAAAAUACAGUGGAAGUGAAUAGAAAUUCACUUGUGGUGCUUCAAUAGUCAAAAAUGUGUCCUGAUUCCUCAGGAUAAUCUACAGACCUCUCAAUUGACAUUUCACAAAUUUGUACCUAGAAAAUAGUUCACUGGAAUGCGUUGAUAGCGAGGUCUGUUGAUUAUCCCGAGAAAUCAGAACAUUGUUUCUGGAAAGACAGUUUUUCAUGUGUCAUUUUUUGAUUAUCUUUGCACCACAAGUGAAAUUCAUGUCAACUGUACUGGAGUGGUGGCAGUAUCUAAGGCAGUGGAGAAAACCCCAACACAGAAGAAAACUCAUUGCACGGCUUGAUAACACAAGCAGUGAGAACAUUUUUAUUUUUGGGAUUUGGGUGGACUGACCCUAAUGAAACAAGUGUGUACAGUGGGGUCUAAAGCAAUGAGCCCAACCAAGAGCUCUGUUAUUUCAUCAUUUAUCAAAAAUCAUCCAUAUUUGUUUAUUAAAUAUUACACAAGUCAUAAUAUCAGUAUCAGGUAUGUCCCCAUUAUUCCAUCACUUUAUAAUAGAAUAGUAAAGCUACAGCAUUUGCAUUUGGUUUGAAACCUCAGACUUCAAACCAGCCUGUCAACAAGCCUUGAAGCAUAAUAACACUCAAUAUCCUGUUUGUAAAUGAAUAUUGAAGCCAGAAAGGAUGGCAUGCCUCUUCAGAAAAUAACAAGGUUCCUCUAUGGACUUCUGCAUGCAGCCAUCUCCUCAUGUAAGAUCUCCAAUUGCAACUGUAAAGUCCCAACUUGAAUUGAUGAGUAAACACGACUUUUCUCCGGUCAUUAGCAGUGACUGUUCGGUCAUCAGCAAAGAGGUUUUGGAACCAAGAGAGGUUACUGUCCCGUUAAGGCUGCAGGUUGGCAGUUUUCUUUCAUUAACUGCGAUAGGACUUUCUGUUCAGUUGCAUUUGUAUCGUGGAUUCCACAGAGAUGUUCGGUUGCUGUAUCAGUGAAACUGACUUGAUGUACUGCCUUGGUCAUUUUAGGGUUCUGUUUAGACUUCGUUUGGAUGAAAAAGUUAUAGUUUGUAAAAGUCGCUUGACCGUGUGUUGCACUGCCUCAUUAAAAACUUUUAACGUAGCUUCAGUUUGGUAAAUGGAAUAUUUUUCCAGCACUAAGGAGGACAGUUGUGGUUAACACUUUAUUUUCCUAAUAAUUUCCAAAUAAGUUCUUGAAGAUUUCUUGGAAAGGACUUUGUAAUUUGGUACCAGUUAUAGAGAAAGUAGAGGCACGGUUCUGAGACUGUUGUUUUUAUUUAGUUAGUUGCAUUGAGUUUAAGAACAGCUGUUGAUUUCCACAGGAACUUCCUUUAAAGAAAAGCUCAAUUUAAACCCAACUAAAACUGUAUUCAUCAUUCAUUUAUUCCUGAAAAUGUUCAUAUGUUCAGCUGACCUGCUGUCUGUGCACUGACUAAAUGAAUCUUGAGGUUAUGCUAGUUUAGCAUAUCAUUAAAACGAAUUAAUUGGCAGAGUACCAAUUGAACACUGUCUCUAUUUUACCUAUAAUUCAUAAAAUUACGUCAAAGUUCUUGCACGCCAGAAAGUCUUACUGACAGGUGUGUAGCAUCAAAAACUGACUGUAAAAAAGGCAAAACUUCUCUUCCCUUUACAUUUCAGUUUGUCAGGAGCAUUUCUUUUGAAGUUCAGAAAAUGUCCAUUUCUGUGCACAAAAAAAAAGAAUUGUUUUUGAUAAAUGAUCAAAACAGAUCUUGGAAAUGGACUUUUUGGACCCUGCAGCACUCAUCCAUCAUCCUCCAGUUUUACCUUGAUGUGGCCAUAAAAGAGAAUUAGUUCAUCAUUUGUGUCACUUUAAAUAAUUUUAUGGUGGCAAUGUGUCACACUUUCUUUUGUCCAAAAUGUUUAGUGACUCAUUCCAAAAGAUAAGUGGAAAGAAGAUAAACCCAGCACACAUGCAAUGCAGGCACACUGCUUUUUUUUCCGAAAGGGGAAGACAAUGCAUGUUUUGUUUGUGCCAUGUAUUGUUGUCAAAUGCUCAUAGCUGAACAUGUUUUCCUUAUUCUUAUGUUUCCCGUGUGAUAUACGUUUAUUUAUUUUCUGGAUGUACUGUUUCUCUCAGCCUCUGUUUGUUUAAGCAGACAAUCCUCAGUACUGAGAGGACGAACACACAGACCGGUCUGAAUUCUUUUAGAGGUUUAGAUUCGGGAUCUUUGGACCUCGACUCGUCAGCUGUUGGCUCUCCAGACUUCUAUUGUCCACACGGAGCCAACAGUGUUCAACACCACUGACUGUCAGGCACCGUGGCCCACGUUGGUCUUUUCUUUUGCCCAGAGUGGUGGAAGAAUGUAUUUUUCAGCCCUUUAGAAACAAACCAAAGACUGUGAAAGAAGAGAUGAAGCCCCUUUGGCAGCUCCAGUGGCAUAGCUCAGUUAUUCUGUCAGUCCCUGGCCUGGAUUCAGCCUGAGGGUGGAAAACAGAGACUGCUAAAUAUGAAGCACUAAAUGAAGGACAACUGGAGAUUGAAUCCUCUAAAUUAUCCAAGUGACAAAAGUCCUUUUCAUUUAGAGUCUAGUGUCACAAGUUGGCCCUGUGGCUUCCAUCUCUGUUGUUGGCCCUGGUUGAAUUAUUCAUUUCAUUGCAAAACAGUUGUUUUAGCCUACAGAGAGAACACAUCAGAACACAGCAGAGGGCCGACUUUACACAAAAUUGAACUAAUUUAUUCCAAUUUAAAAAUGUUUUUCAGAUCAUCUAUGGACCAAAUCUAGGCCUGUAUUUGUUGCUGUCUACAUAGGGCUCAGGGUGUCAUCAUCGAUUUCCCCUGAAAAAUGCAGAUUUUUUUAAAAAGUGGAGGUCAAGAGCGGUAAAGGAACAUGUCACCCAGUGCAACAGUGUGGCUUACUGAUGUGUUUUAAUAGUUUCUGGACAAUGAUGGAGCUCUAUGGCUCAGAGGGAGUAGAUACAGCAGGCUGUGAUUCACACACAACACCUGUUAGCAGAUACGUUCACUGCUGUUUGAGUCUGAACGUGAGAUUUGUAUAUAGAAUAUCACCUUAUCCUUUCCAGCUGUCUUGCAAGAACAAAUUUCACAGUGAAGCUUCUCUUGUGAUGAGCUUAGCGGAGAAAUUAUAAUUAUAAUUAAUUGUGAGUGACAAACACAAAUGAGUUGCUGAUAAAGCACCAGACUCCCUCCAAAUAAGUAAUAAAACAAGAAAUGGUUAAAUUACAGAGUGGUUGCGUGACAAUAAUCUCAGCUGAACAAACUGGUCUCAGCUGGUGCAGUAGCUCAGAAAAAAGCCAGUAAGUGGACCUUUGAGUGGAGACUAUUUUCAUCACCCAUGCUCUUCAGAGGUCAACAUUAAACUGCCAUCCUGAAGUACAGCGUGUUUGAAUUGACUUUAUUUCAUUGUUGAGAUAAAAACCAAAAGUACACCCCUGUUUAUUGUCCAUAUGACUCCCAAUAUACAGGUAAUGUCCCCUUACACUGCCUGGCUUAUGGUAACCACCACUAUCUAGGAUCUAUAGAAUAGUUUUAUAAUUUCUCUCUUCACGUAACAGUUCAGCAGAAGGUAACAUUGUGGUCACUGCUCACUCAGAUAUAUAAACAGAAAUCACCUGUUUUUGGUUAGAAAGUUGAAUGCACGUGGUGCUGAGGUCCUGUGUAAUCUCUCAGCGCUGCAUUGCUUAGAGCCAGACGGUCGCACAACAAGAUUGUAUUUAUAAAAUGGUUCCUUUGUUCUGACUAAACUGUCCGCACGGUCUCAACUGUGUUCAAUGAAAUGUCUUCUAACCCAACAAAUAUCUUUCAGUCUAUCAUGUGGCUUUUGUCUUCUCUUACAUGUCGUAUGUACAGUUCCAAUUAAUUUAAAUAUUUCUCCAGUAACUCUGCACUAUGUCUAGCUGAUGAGUAUGAUACCAAAUGCAGAUAUGUUCUGAAGGGGACUGUAAUUGUUGUUUAGUAUUUGUAUUAUUAGAAUUAUUAUUAUUCUGUAAACACUUUUCUGCACCAGGCGAUGCUGUUUUAUGGUUUGUCGGUAAUGUUAUUAUCUGGAAGCUCACUUCAGCAUCUCAACAUUAAAGGGAGUUAAAAGUU